AUGUCACCCCACCCCUUGCUCUAUGUCCACUCAGGCAUUUACUGUGGAGACUCCACCAGACAGUCCAGUUGCCAAACUGAUCACAUAUUUGAAAAAGUAAAUCCUGAGAUGGAAAAGCUGGGAUACGAGUGCAAGUGCCUUGGAGGAGGGAAAAUUGAUCAUAAUAGCAAAGACAAGAAAAUUAGGGUAUUUGGGCUCUCUACAGGCUAUGGAAAAGCAGAUCAUUCAGUAACUGUAGAGAUACUGAAAAAAGUGUAUACAGAUUAUGAAAUUACAUGGUCAGAUGACAAGAAAUAAAUCGACUACUUAUGAGCACAACAAGCAGUUCAAAACUGGUAACUCUGUGAGCUGUACUUUGAUAAAUAAAAUUGA